AUGGCCUCGUCCACUUUUGAGAGUCUCACUCAAGGCUCCCUGACGACACCCUUGACCAUCCUCGCGACCACAUGGCUGUUGUAUCUGGUGUCGCUUGCUGUGAACCGGCUGUAUCUGUCGCCGCUCGCAAGAUUCCCUGGGCCCAAAGCGGCCGCCUUAUCACGAUGGUACGAGCUCUACUACGAGGUCGUCCUGAAGGGCCAGUACUCGCGGAGGAUCGAUGAGAUGCAUCAGCAAUAUGGUCCCAUCGUUCGAGUCGCCCCAGAUGAGCUCCAUAUUAAAGACAGUGACUUUUUCGAUGAACUCUACGUCAAAGUCCCGCGGGUCGACAAGCACGACUGGGCGGCUGGAAGGUUUGGGAACCAUGGCUCCAUCAUCACCACCGCAGACUAUGCUCUACACCGUCGUCGUCGUGCGGCACUCAACCCCUUCUUCUCUAAACGGUCCAUCGUGGAUUUCCAACCAGUCAUUCGCCAGAAGGUUGAGCUGUUGAGCAAGAAGCUCUGUGAGUACAAGGCGAAGAGCGCUCCAGUAGUCCUCAGUGAGGCAUUUCCCGCAUUCGCUGGCGACAUAAUCACAGAAUACUCCUUUGGAAUCUGCUACAAUCACCUGGAUUCUCCGGAUUUCUCAGAGUCCUUCCACGCUGCGUUCAUGGCUGUCGGUGAGUUUGGCCAUGUAGCAGUCCAGUUUCCGUGGUUCCACCCGCUCUUAAAUUCUCUUCCAGACGGCCUUGUGCGGAAGAUGCAGCCCGCUCUCGGGAGUCUGUUGCAGCUCCAAGUAGAUCUGCGGAACAUGAUCAAACGACUGACCGAAGAGGAUGAGCUGGGAGAUGAGAAGUCCUCCCAUCGCACUAUUUUCCACGACCUGCUUCGAAGUGCUCUCCCGCCCGAGGACAAGGGCAAUCGUCGCAUGGCAGACGAAGCCCAGACAGUCAUCGGAGGCGGUCUCGAGACGACUGCCUGGGCACUGAGCGUGGCGUCAUUCCACAUCGUGAACAACCCCCGGAUCUACAAGCGGCUACACGAGGAGAUUGUUCAAGUGAUGCCUGACGCAUCCUCCAUUCCCGACCUGCUGGAAGCCGAAAAGCUGCCAUACCUGCGUGCAUGCAUCACGGAAGCGGUCCGGCUGUCCUAUGGCAUUUCUGCGCGGAACCCGCGUGUGCUCAAUCAACCGCUCCAGUACAACCAGUGGACCAUACCUCCACGCACGGUGGUGGGGAUGUCGAUUGUAGAUGUCCAUCACGACGAGAAUAUCUUCCCCGAGUCCCAUUCAUAUAUUCCGGAACGAUGGCUGGGGAAUCCCAAAGCGCCGAAUGGGUCUCCGCUUGAUCGCUACUUUGUCGGCUUUGGAAAAGGCAGCAGGAGCUGCCUCGGGAUCAACCUGGCGUACGCCGAACUGUUCCUUCUCAUGGCCACCCUUUUCCGGCGAUUCCGCUUCGAGCUGUUCGAGACCGACAAGUCAGAUGUUGAGCUGAAACAUGAUUUCUUCCUUCCCAGCCCCAAGUUGGAUUCCAAGGGCGUGAGGGUCAAGGUUGUUGAAAUCUACGAGUGA